AUGUCUGAACCGCAACUGAAAGCGGUUAUUCUGGUGGUCUCUACCACCGCUGCCAAGGAACCAUCUACAGACGCCUCGGAUGCUACCCUCAGGAGUGUCUUCGAGCAUGAUGGAGCUGGACAGUGGGAUGUCGUCGAGACCAAGAUCGUCCCGGACUCGGUUCAGCAGAUCCAGCGGCAUAUCAUGCUCUGGGCUGAUGUACCCGACUCUAUCAACCUCAUUGUCACCACAGGUGGCACCGGCUUUGCGGUGGGAGACAACACGCCCGAAGCUGUCAGUGCGCUGUUACACCGGCCGGCGUCGGGCUUGGUGCAUGGCAUGCUGGCUGCAUCAUUGCAGGUAACUCCUUUUGCAAUGAUGUCUCGCCCAGUGGCCGGCGUCAGGAACAAAACACUGAUCGUCACCCUGCCUGGUUCGCCCAAAGGCGCAAAGGAGAACCUCCAGGCGAUUAUCAAGGCCCUGCCGCACGCAUGCCACCAGGCUGCCGGUGCCGACUCGCGGAAGCUGCACUCUGGCGGUGUGAAAAGGCUCGAGCAGGAAGCUGGGAUCGUCCAGGGUGCAGGCCAUUCGCAGCCUCAUGGUCAUGCUGGGGGCCACUCACACUCACACGGACACUCACACGGGCAUUCGCAUGGCCACGGCGCGGGCCAUGGGCACGGGAAUCUAGUCAGACACACCAAGCCAGGAGCGAACCCCAUGUCCAACGAUCCCAGCCUGGGUCCGACCCGAAGGCAUCGCGAGUCUCCCUAUCCCAUGAUUUCCGUCGAAGAUGCUCUUGCUCUGAUCAAGGAGCAGACUCCAAAGCCGGUAAUUGAGACCCGCAAGGUCCACGAAGAUCUUGUCGGCUCUGUUCUUGCCGAGGAUGUUACCGCCAGGGAAAAUGUGCCAGCGUUCAGGGCAAGUAUUGUGGAUGGAUACGCCGUCGUGGUGCCGAAGGAUGGCAAUAUGAAAGGGGUGUUUCCUGUGGUGGCGGUUUCUCAUGCCACGCCUGGUGAGGUCAAGCCCUUGAAGGAGGGUGAAAUUGCCAGAAUCACGACAGGAGCCCCUUUGCCACCGGGAGCGACAUCAGUGAUCAUGGUCGAGGAUACCAUACUCAAGUCAAAGACUGAGGAUGGAGAGGAAGAGAAAGAAGUCGAGAUCCUCGCUGAAGGCGUCAAGGAGGGAGAGAACAUUCGAGAAGUGGGUAGUGACAUCAAGCAAGGCACGAUCAUACUGCGAAAAGGGGAGCAGAUUUCUGCAGUAGGAGGGGAGAUCGGCCUUCUCGCGGCAGUGGGCGUUGCCGAAGUCAAAGCAUAUCGACGGCCUGUGAUCGGCGUGAUGUCCACAGGAGAUGAGAUUGUAGAGCACAGUCGGCCGGGUGACCUGGUCCUGGGCGAGGUUCGAGAUACCAACCGGCCAACUCUGAUUUCUGCAGCCAAGGAAUGGGGCUUCGAGGUUGUUGACCUAGGCAUCGCAAAGGACAAGGCUGGAACUCUAGAAGAGAAUCUUCGAGAUGCUAUGAGGCGGUCAGAUCUCAUCAUCACAACGGGCGGCGUCUCCAUGGGCGAGCUAGAUCUUCUAAAGCCUACCAUUGAGCGCUCGCUUGGUGGAACCAUUCACUUUGGACGAGUCUCGAUGAAGCCAGGAAAGCCGACGACCUUCGCUACCGUUCCUGCCAAGAACAACACCGGUGAAAGGGUGUCAAAAGUCAUUUUCUCUCUUCCCGGAAACCCGGCAUCAGCCUUGGUGACCUUUCAUCUCUUUGCACUGCCCUCGCUUCAUGCGAUGUCAGGGGUUUCACCCGAAGGUCUAACAAAAGUCCCGGUCACCCUGGCGCACGACUUCGUCCUAGACAAGGCGCGGCCAGAGUACCAUAGAGCGAUCGUGAGCAUCGCCGCUGAUGGGACGUUGACAGCUUCAAGUACUGGUGGUCAACGAAGUUCCAAAGUGGGCAGUCUCAGAGGGGCCAAUGCUCUUCUGUGUAUGCCGAAAGGGUCUGAACCAUUGGCAAAGGGCACCAAGGUUAAUGCUCUAUUGAUGAGCAACGUUCGAAACAGUCACUAA